AUGGAGGCGGGCACAUCCCCAAUUCGGGCAGGAAGCAGCGACGGCGGUGGUUCGGUAAGAGGUGAUAUCUUUAGACGUCACAGUGUGAACAGCGGUGAAAACAACAUGAAUGACAACAAGGACAACGACUCCAACACUGAGUGGUCGGAGCAGUUUCGAUUAAUAGCCAGGCGCAUGAGCCGCGCGCUGCUACGAAACCCACAUCCAGACGUGCAAACUGAUAAACGUGUCAUGUACGGGGUGUUGUAUGAGUUGUUCGAGCAGUGGUCGGAGCGGCAACAGCGCGCCCAUUCCGUCAGUUUAACCGUAGAGCAGGUGGGAAGUAUACUUCGGUAUGGGGAGCAGACGUUGCGCCAGGCUUCGCUUACAGCGCCAGCACUUAAUAAAGCACAGGUGGUGGUAGAUCUCAUCGCCGCAUCUCCACUGAUCACUAUUGGGGCACUCACACAAGAGCUACGUGGCCUUCAACCACCUGUCGUGCUGACGCCAAUGGCGGAGGUGUUGGAACUUGCCCGUUUGCUUGACGUUUCACAAGGAGUCCGCACGCCCGUUGGAGCGGUUAAUCUUGUGCAUUUCAUCGCCCUGAGUUCGACGCUCUGCCCGGCGCCCGAUAUGGGAGCCCUGCUGUUGCUGGUCGCAUCAAACGUUAAGCGCUGCCAUCUUUUGUGCGCAGCCAUUUACUACGAGUGGGCGAUGAUUGAUGCGCAAAACCGCGAGGGACUGCUUCUUCUCUCGAGAGAGUUGGAAGAGAAACACCAACAGAUGUGUGAGGGGUUCACGGUUGACAUUUUAACGCCCCUACUUACUGGGUCGUUUGAACCAUUUGGUGCCCGCCCAACCGACCCUGUUGCCGUUGACUAUUUGGGAAUGGGGAGUCUUCCGUGCACCGGUACCGCUGAGGAGCAGCAAAGGUGUCACCAACUAGCACCCCCCAGUGGGAAUGAACUUGAGCCCACGUGUGAGGAUAGCGACACUGGUGGCCACGGGGAGGGGGACUGUGAAUCUUCUGUGGAGGAUGAAUACGACAGUGACUGUAGAGAUACCGUGGACACGGAGUUCUGGCUUAGGUUGAGCAGCUAA